CUUAGGUUUUAGUUUUCACUGAAAAAAAGAUGCUGAUUUUAGAGGCCAAUGAAGGGCAAGACGAAACUGUAGAUGCUUCUGGUUAUCAAAUUUUUGGCAUAUAAAUAUAAAUAUCGCAUCGAUGAUUUACCAGAGGUCCGUAGGUGCAACAAUUCACACCAAAGCUGCUAGCAAAUCCAGAGGAGAGCAGUUGAUCCCUGCAGCCACCAAGUUACUGAAAAUGAAGCAACAGUUUGGAUCUCUCCCUGCACAAAAGGAAGAACAAGCAGAGGGAGAUAGGGUGCUUUGUGCAGUGUCAUAUGAUGCCGUCCCUCUACAAGCUGUAUCAGCACCACAGCUUCAGGUGAAGUUUGUUCCUGGAGAAAAUUAUGGACUGCCCGAGGGAUGGGCUGUGGAGGAAAAGCCACGUACCACUGUCAAAGGCCGCUGCCGAACAGACAAGUAUUGCCAUCAUAUUCCAACUGGAAAGCGAUUCCGAUCACUAAGUGAUGCAAACAAGUGGAUCAAGGAAGAAACUACAAGAGAGCAGGCACAUGGAACAUCGAAAGAUGGUGAUGAGAGUUGUAGUCCCGCACAAAGUAGCACUAGAAGAAUAAGGAGAAAAGGUUCCCGAUCAUAUGAAGAAUCGAUGGCUCGAAACUGUUCUAUGUGCGGCAGCUGCCAAUCUUCAAAAUUUAUGAAGCUUGAGAAUGAUUCUGAUCUAGUUCAUGGCCUAUUAGAAGUAGAAGGUGCUCCAAUGGGAUCCUGACCUAUAUCAAAGGUUUAGAAGACCUUUGUCCUAUCUAUUUGACAGCGGAUGCUUUUCAUUCCAAUUUUCCUAUUUCUUGUUCGGAAAAAUAGUUGAUAAUACAUAUGAAAAAUUGGCAAAAGCUAUGUGUCUAGCUUACCCAUGUUCGAACUUAUAGUAGCCAAAUACAAAAAUAGAAACUUACUCUUUCGAACGUUCAAUGGCUCAAUCGAUAUUGUCUUUAAUUUGUAUCCAUAA